AUGACAUCACUCCCCCCCGCGCCCACCCUCCCCCACAGCCCCGACCCAACCCUCACAAAAGUCCUAGACCUCCUCUUCGAGCCCUCGCCGCCCCUACACACCCUGACCCUCCCCAUCCUGCGCUCAACCCCCUUCCCCGACUACGCCACCCUCAUCGUCGCCGUCAGCGCGCAGCUCAACGCUCUGGCAAGCUCCUCCACCCGCGAAGACACAGCCACGCUCUCCGAGAUCCUGUGCGCGCACCCGCGCCUGGGCGAGAAGAAGGUCGACAGCGAGCAGAGCCGUAAGGAGCAGGCGCAGCUGCAGGGUGGGGGGGAGGGGGAGGGGGAGAAGUUGGAGGUGUUAAAUCGGGAGUAUGAGGAGAGGUUUCCGGGGCUGAGAUAUGUGUAA